CAAAUAAAAAAAGAAUUAAAAGAUUUUUCUCAAUUAGUUAACCAAGCCGAAUCAGAAUUACAAAAUAUCCAAAAAGAGAUUGGAGGAUUAAAUAAAACUAUUGAGGAAUUAAAUGCUAUUGAAAAGGAAUUAAAAAAUGUCACUGCUAAUUUGGCAGAAUUGAAUAAAACUGGAAAGGAAUUGGAACGGACUGGUGAAAAUAUUAAAGGAAGUUUAGACGAUUUGGGAGAAAUAAAAGAAAAGAUUGACAAGUUGGUUAAAUUAGAAAUUCCUUUGGCUGAAUUAGAAAAGACCAUAGACCAAGAAGGGGGAGAAAUUGCCAAAGCAUUGAAAGAAAAAAUUGGUGGUAUCAUUGACAAAAUUAACGA